AUGAACGUUUGCAAAAUAUGUUUCCAAGAAGUUGGGCGGGGAAAGGUACAGCCCUGUGGCUCUGCAUCAGUUGCUCGUGAUAAUUGUCAAAAACUAAUGGUCAAUAAUGUGCCUUACAAACAACAAAAACAAGUUGCUUCGGACAAUAUAAAUUGGAAAAUAGAAUCAACUGGAGCUAAUAGCAGAACAAAUGUUGACUUGGAAUUGAGUACGUUGGGGUCAAAAUCCAGAAUUACCAUCAAUCCAGCCUCAAGUUCACAACUGUUACUAUUGAUUAACGGGCAGCAGACAGUUACAUCAUCUCACCCCUGUCCAUUUUGUUUUUUCAGUCUAAAAACCUUGCGAAAUUGCCAACAACUUGAUGAUAAGCAACACAACUCGGAUUGGGACGAACAAGAUUCCGAUGCUGAGAUAGAUAAUAGUGAUCAGUUCUUGAGAUUGAAAACUUAUGGAAAUUUAAAAAGAGAUUAUAGUAGGUUUCUUUCUGCUGGAAACACUAAAAAAUUUGCCGAAGAAUACCAUAGCACAAUAAAUGCUCCACUUUUGAGCGAGAAUGACGACCGUUUAGUCAUUGAAAAAUGUGUAAUCACAGAACUUUUUUUGGAAAGGAUUAGUGUCUCUGCUUGGAAGAGAGAAGGCACUCGUCUAGGCACGAAAAGUCCAAGUGAUUUCCAAAAAUUACCAUGGGGAAGUGUUUGA